UUGCACCUUUCUAUUUAUUUAACCUUGCCUUCGCUUUCAGACCUCUAAUAAAAAAGAUUUCUCUUUUUAAGAGUUCAUACCUUCUUGUAUUGAUUUGUCUGUGAAUUCAUUGUGAUCUCUCAGCAAAUAAAACAACAAUGUCAACCGAGAAGGAGAGGGAGACUCAUGUUUACAUGGCCAAGCUCGCUGAACAGGCCGAGCGCUAUGACGAGAUGGUUGAGAGCAUGAAAAAUGUUGCCAAACUUAAUUGUGACCUGACUGUGGAGGAGAGGAACCUCCUCUCGGUGGGAUACAAAAAUGUAAUUGGUGCUAGGCGGGCUUCUUGGCGGAUCAUGUCUUCAAUUGAGCAGAAGGAAGAAUCUAAAGGAAACGACAGCAAUGUUAAACUGAUUAAGGGAUACCGCCAGAAGGUGGAGGAGGAACUCUCCAAGAUUUGCAAUGACAUCUUGUCCAUCAUCGAUGACCAUCUGAUCCCCUCUUCCGCCUCAGGAGAAGCAACCGUGUUCUACUACAAGAUGAAAGGUGACUACUACCGCUAUCUAGCUGAGUUCAAGGCUGAUCAGGAAAGGAAGGACGCAGCCGAUCAGUCAUUAAAGGGUUACGAGGCUGCUUCUGCCACUGCAAGCACAGAUCUGCCUUCAACCCACCCAAUUCGUCUUGGCCUUGCCCUUAACUUCUCUGUUUUCUACUAUGAGAUCAUGAACUCUCCUGAGAGGGCCUGCCAUCUGGCCAAACAAGCUUUCGACGAGGCAAUUGCAGAGUUGGACACUUUAAGUGAGGAAUCAUACAAGGACAGCACCUUAAUUAUGCAGUUGUUAAGAGAUAACCUCACUCUCUGGACUUCUGAUUUGCCUGAAGAUGGAGGUGAUGAUGACUUCAAAGGUGAAGAAUCAAAGGAAAAACCUGCCGAAGGAGAGCACUGAGGGGGGAUCUGGGAGCAAUGCGCAAGGCAAGUGGAUGCCAAACUCCUUUGCAGUUUGCAGAAGUGGGCAUCUUUUUAUUAGCUUUCCUGGCCAGGGAUUCGAUGGAACAGUCAUGACAGUUUUUUAUGCCACUGCUCCUUUUGAAUCCUACAAAAAGCUGAUGUUAUCAAUUGCUCUUCCUUUUUUAUUUCCUUCUUUUAUUCUAAACAGAGUUUUUCGUUUUUUUUUUUUUUAAUUUGUUUUUAUUCAUUGUUCUUGCACGCAUAAACUUCAUGUCAAAAUCGUGGACCUCCUUUAUUUUACCUUCUGUUAUUAUCUGCCCAGCUUGCCAUUUAUGCUUCUUCUUUUUUUCGUGUAAUGGUAACCUUAAAUCAGCUUUUGUACAUCAAUAAUAAUUUUAUUUUUUUCUA